GCUUGACAGAGAGACUCGAACGGGGAAGGAUGAUGAAGUUAAGAUGGCAGCGCAGCUAGGGGAGCUGCCUGUCCGGGCGCAAGAAAAAUACAAGGAACAAAUGAAAACAACGGACGACAGCUCGCGUUUUUGAAAGACUUCUGCUUAUACAGUUGAAAAUGAAUAUUAGGUUUGGCCUAAAACAUUGUUCUCAUCGAGGCGAGGGUUAAAUCGCUAUCUCGAGAAAGCAGCUUAUUUCGCAGUUGCAGCAGCGGCUAACGCGUAUGCCGAGAUCACUGCUGGGGUGAGUGGAGCUAGUGGAUGUAGCUAGCGAACUGCUACUGGACGGUUUUUGUGUUUACGUCUCGGAUAUAUGGGGAGUGCUGUGUGCUUUACGACGGCUGGAAGUACAUAUUGAUCGCCAACUGGUGACAUAUUGGUGUGAUAUAUGCAUUGUUCUCCAAAACGAUGAUGUGUGCUGCUGCGGCAGCUGGAGCCGGCGGUGGGAUUCUGUCCUCCUCAUCCCCCUCCAUGGGGCUGGGUGUCAGGGUCAUAUCUGGAGCUGGGAACGAUUUCUCCUCUUUCGGAGCCGGUAUGGGCUCGACUCCCACUCCAGGGGCUCAGCCGGACUGUCGGAGUCGAUACCAGCUUCUCCUGUCAGGGCGAGCUUUGGCCGAGAAGUACAGGAGGAUUUACACGACCGCUGUCAACGACAAAGAACAAGGCUUAAACCUUGGGAGGGGCAAGAAAGCUUUGAGUAAGAAAAAACUGAAGAGACGGCAAAAGGUCAGAUCAAAAGUCAAAACAAGAACAAAGACAGAAAAUCUGGACGGAGCCUUCCCGGUGCCAGACAUCAAGCUCCAUAGUAAUCCCUCUGCUUUCAAUGUCUACUGUAAUGUACGGCACUGUGUGCUGGAUUGGCAGCAGAAGGAGGCCUCCCUGGCCUUGGCCUCUCGGAACUCUGUGCAGAGUGGUGACUCGGACAGUGAGGAGGAGGAGGAGUGCCGGGAACCUGCUGUCAAACUGCCCAAGAUCAUUGGCAUUGGACUGUGUGGGGUGUUUGAGCUUAUCAAGGAGACACGGUUUUCACACCACUCACUGUGUCUAAGAAGCCUACAGGCCCUGCUGGACAUGCUACAGGGACAACAGCCUGAGAGCUUCCAGACUGAACCUCCAGAUGUACUGGAAUCCCUCUUCCACCUGCUACUAGAGACAACAGUGCGAAGUACAGGAAUGAAUGACCCCACUGGUCAGGCCUUGACAGCUCUGUCCUGUGCAUGCCUGUUCAGCCUGGUGGUGGCCUGGGGAGACACGGGGAAAACCCUGCAGGCUGUAUCCGCCAUCCUCACCAACAAUGGCAGCCACGCCUGCCAGACCAUCCAGGUUCCAACCAUCCUAAAUGCUCUUCAAAGGAGCGUACAGGCAGUGCUUGUAGGGAAGAUCCAGAUCCAGGACUGGUUUGGGAACGGCAUCAAACGAGCAGCACUGAUGAACAAGUGGGUUCUGAAGGAGGUGAGCAUUGAUGAGGAUGAGCGCUGUCUGCUGCAGACUGACGGAUCCUUCCUCUAUCUGCUCUGCAAGGAUGGCCUCUACAAAAUAGGCUCAGGGUACAGCGGCACUGUCAGGGGCCAUGUGUACAACUCUACAUCACGCAUCAGGAACCGAAAGGAAAAGAGGUCAUGGCUGGGGUUUGCUCAGGGCUCCCUGCUAUAUCGUGACAUGAACAGUCACAGCAUGGUAGCCGUCAAGAUCAACCCAGAGACUCUAGAGCAGGAGGGCACGAUCACAAUGCCUGGUCUUCAAGCAGAUGGGCAGAACAUCAUAUUCACUGACGGUGAAUAUAUCAACCAGAUAGCAGCCUGCAAGGAUGACGGCUUUGUGGUGCGGAUCUACGCCACCAGCACGGACCCGGCCUUGCAGCAGGAGCUGCAGCUUAAGCUCGCUAGAAAAUGUCUUCAUGCCUGUGGCAUCUCGCUCUUUGACCUAGAAAAAGACCUGCAUAUCAUUAGCACAGGGUUUGAUGAAGAAGCAGCACUGCUCGGAGCUGGCAGGGAGUUUGCUUUGAUGAAAACAGCUUCUGGGAAGAUCUACUACACUGGGAAGUAUCAGAGCCUUGGCAUCAAGCAGGGUGGCCCAUCAGCUGGGAAGUGGGUGGAGCUGCCGGUCACUAAGUCACCCAAGAUUGUGCAGUUUUCAGUGGGCCAUGAUGGCUCUCAUGCCCUCUUAGUAGCUGAGGAUGGCAGCGUCUUCUUCACAGGGUCCGCCAGUAAGGGAGAAGAUGGAGAGUCAACAAAGAGUCGGAGACAGCCAAAGCCCUACAAGCCCAAGAAGAUGAUCAAGCUGGAGACAAAGACAGCUGUGUACACAGCCUGCAACAAUGGCAGCAGCAGCAUAGUCACUAAGGAUGGAGAGCUCUACAUGUUUGGCAAGGAUGCCAUUUACAGUGACAGCACCUGCCAGGUAUCAGAUCUGAAGGGUCACUUUGUAACUCAGGUGGCCAUGGGUAAGGCCCACACAUGUGUACUGACUAAGAGUGGCGAGGUGUGGACGUUUGGAGUGAACAACAAAGGCCAGUGCGGCAGAGACACAGGAGCCAUGAGUCAGGCAGGGAAGGCUUUUGGAGUGGAGAACAUGGCCACAGCGAUGGAUGAGGACUUGGAAGAUGAGCUGGACGAGAAGGAGGAGAAGUCAAUGAUGUGCCAGCCAGGCAUGCACAAGUGGAAGCUGGACCAGUGCAUGGUGUGCACUGUGUGUGGAGACUGCACUGGCUAUGGAGCCAGCUGUGUGAGCAGUGGGAGACCUGACAGAGUGCCAGGAGGAAUCUGUGGCUGUGGCUCUGGCGAGUCUGGCUGCUCCUCAUGUGGUUGCUGUAAGGCGUGUGCUCGUGAGCUGGAUGGUCAGGAAGCCAGGCAAAGGGGAAUCUUUGAUGCUGUGAAGGAAAUGAUACCACUAGAUCUACUGUUAGCUGUUCCUGUCCCUCCCCCUCCAGGCGUCAAUAUAGAGGAGCACAUCCAGAUCCGACAGGAAGAAAAGAGGCAGCGCAUCAAUCGCCGUCACAGGCUGGAGGAAGGCAGAGGCCCCCUUGUAUUCCCUGGCCCCCUUUUUAUGAACCAGCGUGAGCAGGCCCUAGCCAGACUAAGACCCCUUCAGGCCAUUAAGCUAAUGCGGGAGAAACUCAAAGACGGCAGCAGUGAGCGUGGGGACAAAGAUGCCAGUAAGAUCACUACUUACCCUCCGGGAGCGGUGCGUUUUGACUGUGAGCUCCGUGCUGUGCAGGUCAGCUGUGGAUUCCACCACUCGGUGGUGCUAAUGGAGAAUGGAGAUGUUUACACAUUUGGCUAUGGGCAGCAUGGUCAGCUAGGACAUGGAGACGUCAAUUCCAGGGGGUCUCCCACUCUAGUGCAGGCUCUUCCUGGCCCCAGCAUUCAGGUGACAGCAGGCAGUAACCACACUGCAGUGCUCCUCAUGGAUGGUCAGGUCUUCACUUUUGGAAGCUUCUCGAAAGGACAGCUUGGUCGGCCCAUUCUGGACAUGCCCUACUGGAAUGCUAAGCCUUCGCCCAUGCCCAACAUCGGUGCCAAAUAUGGCCGCAAAGCCACAUGGAUUGGUGCCAGUGGAGACCAGACCUUCUUGAGGAUUGAUGAAGCACUAAUCAACUCCCAUGUUCUGGCCACCUCAGAGAUUUUUGCCAGCAAACGCAUCAUUGGUUUGGUUCCUACAUCUGUAUCUGAACCACCUCCCUUCAAAUGCCUGCUGAUCAACAAAAUGGAUGGAAGCUGUCGGACCUUUAAUGACUCAGAGCAGGAGGACCUUCAGGGCUUUGGCCUCUGUCUAGACCCUGUAUAUGAUGUCAUCUGGAGAUUCCUACCUAGCACACGGGAGAUGUGGUGCUACAACGCUGUGAUUGCAGACGCUCGCAUGCCCUCUGCCUCGGACAUCCAGUCUCGUUGUAGCAUCCUGAGCCCUGAGCUGGCCUUGCCCUCUGGCUCCCAUGCCACCACCACGCGCUCUCACGGAGCCCUUCAUAUCCUGGGUUGUCUGGAUACACUAGCAGCCAUGCAGGAGCUGAAGAUGGGUGUGGCCAGUGCUGAGGAGGAGACACAGGCAGUGAUGAAGGUUUAUUCCAAAGAGGACUACAGUGUGGUCAACCGCUUUGAGAGUCAUGGUGGAGGCUGGGGUUACUCUGCCCACUCUGUAGAGGCCAUUCGCUUCUGUGCGGAUGCUGAUAUCCUGCUGGGGGGGUUGGGGCUGUUUGGAGGUCGGGGAGAGUACACUGCCAAAAUCAAGCUGUUUGAGUUGGGCCCAGAUGGAGGAGAUCAUGAGACAGAUGGGGACCUACUGGCUGAGACAGACGUUCUGGCUUAUGACUGUGCUGCUAGGGAGAAGUAUGCCAUGAUGUUUGAUGAGCCGGUGCUGUUACAGCUAGGCUGGUGGUAUGUGGCCUGGGCUCGAGUGUCUGGGCCCAGCAGUGACUGUGGCUCGCAUGGCCAAGCAACUAUAACCACUGAUGAUGGCGUGGUGUUUCAGUUUAAGAGCUCCAAGAAAUCGAAUAAUGGUACUGAUGUGAAUGCUGGUCAGAUACCUCAGUUGUUAUACAGGUUGCCAUCAAAUGAUGGUAAUGCAGCAAAAGGAAAACAGCAGACCAGUGAGCCGGUUCACAUUCUGAAGCGCUCCUUUGCCAGGACUGUCUCAGUGGAGUGCUUCGAGUCUCUGCUGAGUAUCCUGCACUGGAGCUGGACUACGCUGGUGCUGGGGGUGGAGGAGCUCAGAGGACUGAAGGGCUUCCAGUACACAGCCACCUUGCUGGACCUUGAGCGUCUACGCUUUGUGGGCACCUGCUGCCUACGCCUGCUCCGUGUUUAUAUCUGCGAGAUCUACCCCAUCUCUGCUAGUACCAAGGCAGUUGUGGAGGAGUCAAGCAAGCUGGCAGAGUGUGUUGGGAAGACACGCAGCCUGCUGAAGAAAAUUCUGUCAGAGGGCAUGGACAACUGCCUGACCAAACUGGAUAACGACCCGCAGGGCUACCUUAGCCAACCGCUCACACUGUUGGAGGCAGUGCUUCAGGAAUGCCACAACACCUUCACAGCUUGCUUCCACUCCUUCUACCCUACCCCUGCCCUGCAGUGGGCCUGCCUGUGCGACCUGCUCAACUGCCUUGACCAGGACAUCCAGGAGGCAAACUUCCGCACCUCAAGCAGUCGUCUGCUGGCUGCAGUGAUGUCUGCACUGUGUAACACAUCAGUUAAACUGACCUCCAUUCUGCCUAUCGCAUAUGAUGGAGAGGUUCUGCUGCGCUCGCUCGUUAAACAGGUCAGCACUGAGAAUGACUCUGCCCUCGCUCACCGCUUCCCCCUGCUGGUGGCUCACAUGGAGAAACUCAGCCAUACGGAGGAGAACCUAAUGGGGAUGACAAGUUUCCGGGAAGUUCUGGAGAAAAUGUUGGUAAUUGUGGUUCUCCCAGUGAGGAAAAGUCUGAGGAAAGAGAUGGAGCUUUUCUCUCCCCAUUUAGUGUCCAACACUUGCGGCCUGCUGGCCAGCAUCGUCAGUGAGCUCACCGCCUCUGCUCUCGGCUCUGAGGUUGAUGGGCUUAAUUCACUGCACUCUGUAAAAUCCACUCCCAACCGCUUCACUAAGACCAGUCAGGGCCGCAGCUGGAACACAGGCAAUGGCUCCCCUGAUGCUAUCUGCUUCACUGUGGACAAACCGGGCGUGGUUCUGGUGGGCUUCUGCGUCUACGGGGGAGGGGGUAUCCAUGAAUACGAACUGGAGGUUCUUGCUGAUGAUGCACAGACAGAGCACCCUGGGGACUCAGCACACUCCCACAGAUGGACAUCUUUGGAGCUGGUCAAAGGCACCUACAGCACUGAUGAUAGCCCCAGUGAUAUUGCUGAGAUCCGACUGGACAAGGCUGUGCCUCUGAAGGAGACUGUGAAAUAUGCUGUUCGCCUGCGUAACUAUGGCAGUCGCACUGCCAAUGGAGACGGAGGGAUGACCACAGUGCAGUGUUCUGACGGAGUAACAUUCACCUUUAGUACCUGUAGUCUCAGUAGUAAUGGCACCAACCAGACCCGAGGCCAGAUCCCUCAGAUCCUCUACUACAGAAGUGAAUAUGAUGGAGAUUUGCAGUCCCAGUUGCUGAGCAAGGCUAAUGAAGAGGAUAAAAACUGUAGCCGUGCUCUCUCAGUGGUUAGCGCUGUGGUACGGGCAGCUAAGGACCUCCUACACCGGGCCUUUGCUGUGGAUGCUGAAGACAUUCCAGAGUUGCUGAGCUCCUCCAGUCUUUUCUCCAUGCUACUUCCUCUCAUUUUGGCAUACAUUGGCCCUGUGGCAGCCUCAGUACCAAAGGCUGCCGUGGAGGUGUUUGGUUUGGUGCAGGAGCUUCUCCCUUCUGUGUCUGCCCUGAACCAAAAGUAUGCCCCACCUGCUUUCAAUCCUAACCAGUCUACAGACAGCACCACCGGUAACCAGCCUGAGCAGGGUCUGUCGGCUUGCACUACUUCCAGCCAUUAUGCAGUUAUAGAGAGUGAUCAUCCUUACAAGCAGGCUGGUGUUACCCACUACAAGGUGUCCUUCCCAGACUGUGUGCGCUGGACAACUAUAGAGUUUGACCCCCAGUGUGGCACAGCCCAGCCGGAAGAUGUGCUGCGGCUGCUCAUUCCUAGUCGGACGCUGCACUUCUCUGGCCUGGGAGCCAGGCCCCUGGCCCACGAGACCAUCAACGCUUGGACCGAACUCAAGAAAUUCUCUGGCUCUACUGGCUGGCCCACCACUGUCCUUGUACUGCCAGGUAAUGAGGCCCUCUUCUCGUUAGAAACAGCAUCAGAUUACGUCAAAGAUGAGAAAUCCUGCUUCUAUGGCUUUAAAUGUGUGGCUGUGGGGUAUGAGUUUAACCCUGGUCCUGAUGAGGGUAUCAUUCAGCUGGAGAAGGAGCUGGCAUAUUUGGGAAGUGUGUGUGCUGCUGCUCUCAUGAAAAAGGACCUAGCUUUGCCUAUAGGAAAUGAACUAGAGGAAGAUUUGGAAAUUCUUGAAGAGGCAUCACUUCAGGUGUGCAAGGCCCAUUCAGGGAUCCUGGGGAAGGGGCUGGCUCUCUCUCACUCCCCUACAAUUCUGGAAGCUCUAGAGGGCAACUUGCCCCUGCACCUGCAAAGCAAUGAGCACUCUUUUCUGGAGGACUUUAUCACUUGUGUGCCCAAUUCAAGUGGAGGCCGCCUAGCCAGGUGGCUCCAGCCAGACUCCUACGCAGACCCUCAGAAGACUUCCCUCAUUCUCAACAAAGAUGACAUCCGUUGUGGUUGGCCAACUACUGUGGUUGUGCAGACCAAAGACCAGUAUGGGGAUGUGGUACAUGUGCCAAAUAUGAAGGUGGAAGUGAAAGCUGUGCCUGUGUCUCAGAAGAAGUCCAUUCAGCAAGACAACAUGAAGAAACUGCAGCGACUGCCAGGGAGCCCUUCUAACUCAGCAACAGGCACUGACCUCACUUUCGGUGGCUUGCCAGCACCAAAACUGGAGGCCACUUACGAACCCAUGAUCAUCAAGGAAGCCCGCUACAUUGCCAUUACCAUGAUGAAGGCAUACGAGAAUUAUUCCUUUGAGGAGCUGCGCUUUGCCUCGCCCACUCCAAAGAGGCCUAGUGAAAAUAUGCUCAUCCGGGCUAAUACGGACGGCACCUACAGUGCCAACUGGACUCCUGGUGCUGUUGGGCUGUACACCAUCCAUGUUACCAUAGAUGGCAUUGAAAUUGAUGCAGGUCUGGAGGUGGAAGUGAAAGACCCACCCAAAGGGAUGAUCCCUCCAGGCACGCAGAUGGUUAAACCCAAAGCUGAGCCACAACCAAGCAAGGUGCGCAAAUUUGUCGCCAAGGACAGCGCAGGGCUGCGUGUGCGUAGUCACCCCUCUCUGCAGAGUGAACAGAUAGGCAUAGUCCAAGUCAAUGGCACCAUCACUUUCAUUGACGAGAUCCACAAUGAUGAUGGUGUGUGGCUCAGACUGAAUGAUGAGACUGUUAAGAAGUAUGUUCCCAACAUGAAUGGGUACACUGAAGCCUGGUGCCUCUCUUUUAACCAGCAUCUGGGCAGAAGCCUUCUGGUCCCUGUUGACGAGGCCAGGCCCCAGUCAGAUGAGUGUAUAAGGGAGACCAAUGGCCGCCCCUCACAUGAAGCCCCCAUGCGCAACCUGGACAGGGUGGGCCUGGGUGGCGGACCAGGUCUUUAUAAGGUAGUGAAGACGGGACCCUCGGGUCACAACAUCAGAAGCUGCCCAAACCUUAGAGGUAUCCCCAUUGGAAUGUUAGUUCUGGGGAACAAAGUCAAGGCAGUAGGCGAGGUAAUUAACUCUGAAGGCACAUGGGUGCAACUGGAUAAGAAUAGUGUGGUGGAGUUCUGUGAGAGCGAUGAGGGAGAGGCCUGGUCUCUGGCCAGAGAUAGAGGAGGAAACCAGUAUCUGCGCCAUGAAGAAGAGCAAGUCAUCCUGGAACAUGGUGCUCAGACUCCUCCACCCAGCCCCUUCUCAGUGCAGGCCUUCAAUAGAGCCGUAAGCAGUGGAGCCCAAGGAUUUGAUUAUGGCAUUUCCAACAACAAAGGUGACCGGCUGAGUGCCAUACUGAAUUCCAUUCAGUCUGGGCCUUUCCUCCCAGCUCCCUCCGUAUUUGAGCAAGCUGCCAAACCUCCCUCUUCCCUUGCCCACAGCCCUUUUGUGUUUGGACAGUCCCUUUCCCAGCAGCCUCAGCCACAACCACAGCUUCUGAGUGAGAGAGGGAAUGUGGCAGCUCGAUCCUUGUCUCCUGCAAGCAAGCACCAUCAGGAGAGUCGCUCACCCAAACUGGAUAGCCGUUCCAACCGCACUACUGACCAGGGGAAGAUCAAGACCAUCGACAGCUUAUCAGCCAGCGAGGCUCUCAUCCUCAAGUCAGAUACAGGCAAACUGCGUUCUGACUCCCACAGCCGCUCACACUCACCCAACCACAAUACCCUACAAGCCCUAAAGGCCGAUGGUAGGACCUCAGGCCUCCGUGCCGAGUCUCCAACCCCCAGUUCCCGCUCUUCCUCACCCAAACAGAAGACCCUCUCCUCAGGCAGGUCAAGUCCCUCUAGCAUCGGUUCCCCACGCUCUUCCUCUCCACAUGAUAAGAACCUGCCACUGAAAGUCAGCCCCUCUUCGAAGGCCCGUCUAGACCCUCCACGUGAAAGAUCAAAAUCUGACUCCUACACACUGGAUCCUGACACUUUAAGAAAGAAAAAGGUGCCCCUAACAGAGCCACUAAGAGGCAGGUCUACUUCCCCCAAACCAAAACUCCCACCCAAAGAGGGAAAAGGUGGAAGCAGCAAUGCAGAAAAUCGUGCCCCAUCUCCCCAUGUUGUCCAAGAGAACCUCCACAGUGAAGUGGUAGAACUGUGCACCUCCAGUGCCCUGCUGUCAAAUGAUGUCAGUGAUGUCAGUGAUGUCAAUGAUGAAAAUGCAGAAUUGCGCAAUGCUGAAGAGGGCUCCUCCAAAGUACAUUUCAGCAUUGGAAAGGCUCCUGUCAAGGAGGAAUUGGACAGUCGUUCCUCACCUAAAGUCAGCCGAAAGACCUCUAGCAGACAUGUACGGCCGAAAAAGGACAAAUCAGGUCCACUCUUUAAAGGGGAGAAUGUGCGUCUCACUGAGCCUGCUAAACAGGCCAUGUCACCUUCUGUGGCUGAAUGUGCCCGAGCUGUCUUUGCAGCCUUCCUGUGGCAUGAGGGCAUUGUACAUGAUGCGAUGGCCUGUUCCUCCUUCCUGAAGUUCAACCCUGAGCUCACCAAAGAGCAUGCACCCAUUCGCAGCUCACUCAGCUGCCAGCAGAGCCUAGAUGAGAAAGAAAGCAAGCUGAAAAACCGUCACUCUCUGGAGAUCUCAUCUGCUCUCAACAUGUUCAACAUCUCACCUCAUGGACCGGACAUCUCUAAGAUGGGAAGCAUCAACAAAAACAAGGUUCUCUCCAUGCUUAAAGAGCCACCAUUGCCUGAGAAGUGUGAGGAUGGGAAGGGUGAGCCUGUCUCCUAUGAAAUAACCAGCCACUCAUCCAUAAGAUCGAAGUCUCUCUUGCCCCUUACGCUCCAACACCUGGUGGCUUUUUGGGAGGACAUUUCUAUGGCGACUAUCAAAGCUGCUACACAGAACAUGAUCUUUCCUAGCCCUGGUUCCAGUGCCAUUCUAAAAAAGAAGGAAAAUGAGAAAGACAGCAAGAAAGCCAAGAAGGAGAAGAAGAAGAAAGAGAAAGCAGAGGUGCGUCCUAGAGGGAACCUCUUUGGGGAGAUGGCGCAGUUGGCCAUGGGAGGCCCAGAGAAAGACACCAUUUGUGAGCUUUGUGGAGAGUCUCAUCCAUACCCUGUUACCUACCACAUGAGGCAGGCCCAUCCAGGCUGUGGACGUUAUGCUGGUGGCCAGGGCUAUAACAGUAUUGGUCACUUCUGCGGUGGGUGGGCAGGGAACUGUGGAGAUGGAGGCAUAGGAGGGAGCACCUGGUAUCUGGUUUGUGAUCGCUGCAGAGAAAAGUAUCUGAGAGAGAAACAAACUGCAGCCAGGGAAAAGGUGAAACAAUCCAGGAAGAAGCCUCUGCAGGUGAAAACUCCUCGAGCACUUCCCACCAUGGAGGCUCACCAGGUGAUCCGUGCCAAUGCCCUAUUUCUGUUGUCCCUGAGCAGUGCAGCUGAACCCAGCCUGCUGUGCCACCACCCACCCAAACCCUUCCACCCACAUCUGCCCAGCCUCAAGGAGGGUGUUUCUGAAGAGCUGCCCAACAAAAUUGGCUGCCUGUAUCUGCAGACCCUGGCCCGUCAACAUACUGAGAAUUUUGGAGCAUACCAGGAUGAAAAUCUGUUUCAAGAUGAAAUGCGCUACUUGAGAUCGACUUCAGUUCCUGCUCCUUAUAUUUCUGUCACACCGGAUGCUUGCCCUAAUGUGUUUGAAGAGCCAGAGAGCAACAUGAAGUCUAUGCCACCUAGUCUUGAGACCAGCCCAAUCACAGACAGUGACACAGCCAAGCGGACAGUGUUCCAGCGCUCUUACUCUGUAGUAGCUUCUGAGUAUGACAAGCAGCACUCGGCAUCCCCUGCACGAGUGAAGGCAGUGCCCAGACGAAGGGUACACAGUGGAGACGCAGAAGUGGGCUCCUCACUUUUGCGGCAUCCUUCUCCUGAGCUGUCUCGUCUAAUCUCAGCUCAUGGCUCCCUGAGUAAGGGGGAGAGAAAUUUUCAGUGGCCUGUGCUUGCCUUUGUCAUUCAACACCAUGAUUUGGAGGGCCUAGAAGUGGCCAUGAAGCAUGCUCUGCGCAAAUCUGCCUGCAGAGUGUUUGCUAUGGAGGCUUUUAACUGGCUGCUAUGCAACGUGAUUCAGACCACGUCUCUCCAUGAUAUCCUCUGGCAUUUUGUGGCUUCUCUCACCCCAUCUCCCUGUGAACCAGAGGAGGAGGAGGAAGAGGACAACAAAGGGAACAAAGAAAUUGUGGAGCAGGAGAAAGAUUUGGGUGUGUGUGAGCAUCCGCUCUCUGAUAUUGUUAUUGCUGGAGAGGCCGCUCACCCGCUGCCCCAUACCUUCCAUCGACUCCUUCAGACCAUCUCUGACCUGAUGAUGUCACUACCCAGUGGAAGCUCUCUCCAACAAAUGGCCCUCAGGUGUUGGAGUCUCAAAUUCAAACAGUCAGACCACCAGUUUCUGCAUCAGAGUAACGUGUUCCAUCAUAUCAACAACAUCUUGUCCAAAUCGGAUGAUGGGGAUAGCGAGGAGAGCUUUAACAUCAGUGUGCAGUCAGGAUAUGAAGCCAUCAACCAGGAGCUGUGCGUGGUAACCUGUUUGAAGGACUUGACCAGUGUAGUAGAUAUAAAAACAUCCAGCCGACCAGCUAUGAUUGGCAGCCUAACAGAUGGAUCUACUGAGACUUUUUGGGAGUCAGGGGAUGAGGACAAGAACAAGACCAAGAGCAUCACCAUCAGCUGUGUGAAAGGCAUCAAUGCUUCUUACGUGUCUGUACAUGUGGACAACUCCCGUGACAUUGGGAACAAAGUCACAUCGAUGACAUUUCUAUGUGGAAAGGCAGUGGAAGACCUCUGCAGGAUCAAACAGAUCGACUUGGACUCAAGGCACAUGGGAUGGGUGACCAGUGAGUUGCCUGGAGGAGACCACCAUGUGAUCAAGAUUGAGAUGAAGGGCCCUGAGAACACUCUGAGGGUGAGGCAAGUCAAAGUGCUUGGCUGGAAGGAGGGUGAGAGCAUCAAGAUAGCUGGACAAAUCUCUGCCAGCGUGGCCCAGCAAAAGAACUGUGAAGCAGAGACCCUGCGCGUGUUCCGCCUAAUCACCUCACAGGUGUUUGGGAAGCUGAUUUGUGGAGAUGCUGAACCUACUCCAGAGCAGGAGGAGAAGAACCUUCUGUCAUCUCCUGAGGGUGAAGACAAGGCACCAUCUGAUGCUGACUUGAAAGAACACAUGGUUGGCAUCAUCUUCAGCAGGAGCAAGCUCACUAAUCUACAGAAGCAGGUGUGUGCCCACAUUGUGCAGGCCAUUCGCAUGGAGGCUACACGUGUGCGGGAGGAGUGGGAACAUGCCAUCUCCAGUAAGGAGAAUGCCAACUCCCAGCCUAGUGAUGAUGACGCCUCCUCAGAUGCAUACUGUUUUGAAUUGCUAUCAAUGGUGCUUGCCCUGAGUGGGUCCAAUGUGGGUAGGCAGUAUUUGGCUCAACAACUCACCCUACUACAGGAUCUCUUCUCCCUCCUCCAUACGGCUUCACCACGUGUCCAAAGACAGGUGACCUCAUUGCUCAGACGUGUGCUUCCUGAAGUGACUCCUGUGCGGUUAGCCAGUGUAAUUGGAGUGAAGGCCUUGCCCCCAGCAGAUAUCAGUGACAUCAUCCAUUCUACGGAGAAAGGAGACUGGAACAAGCUAGGAAUCCUGGACAUGUUCCUGGGCUGCAUUGCUAAGGCCCUCACCGUACAGCUGAAGGCAAAGGGCACCACCAUUGUGGGUACAGCUGGUAUGGCAGCAGGCAAAGGUGUAACAACAGUUACAUUGCCUAUGAUUUUCAACUCAAGUUACAUCCGGCGAGGGGAAAGUCACUGGUGGAUGAAGGGCUCAACCCCACCUCAGAUUGCAGAGAUCAUCAUUAAGCUGGUUAAAGAUAUGGCUGCUGGCCAUCUCUCAGAUGCCUGGUCCAGAGUGACCAAGAACGCUAUUGCUGAGACCAUUAUUGCUCUCACUAAGAUGGAGGAGGAGCAUCGCUCACCAGUGCGCUGCAUUGCUACCACGCGGCUUUGGCUGGCUCUUGCUUCUCUGUGUGUGCUGGAUCAGGACCAUGUGGACCGACUGUCCUCAGGCCGCUGGAUGGGCAAAGACGGCCAGCAAAAACAGAUGCCUAUGUGUGAUAACCAUGAUGACGGAGAGACUGCAGCCAUCAUCCUGUGUAAUGUGUGUGGAAACCUGUGCACUGACUGUGACCGCUUCCUCCACUUGCACCGCCGGACACGCUCCCAUCAACGACAGGUUUUUAAGGAGGAAGAGGAGGCCAUAAAGGUUGACCUGCAUGAGGGCUGUGGAAGGACCAAACUCUUCUGGCUCAUGGCACUGGCUGACUCCAAGACCAUGAAGGCCAUGGUGGAAUUUAGAGAACACACAGGUAAACCUGCUUCAAGCAGUUCAGAUGCCUGCCGCUUUUGUGGAACCAGGAAUGGCACGGAGUUGUCUGCAGUGGGAAGUGUGUGCUCAGACCCAGACUGUCAGGAGUAUGCAAAACUGGCCUGCAGUAAGACCCAUGCGUGUGGUCACCCUUGUGGUGGGGUGAAGAAUGAAGAGCUGUGUUUGCCCUGUCUUCAUGGCUGUGACAAGAGCACUGGCUGUCUCAAACAAGAUGCUGAUGAUAUGUGCAUGAUCUGUUUCACUGAGGCUCUGUCUGCUGCCCCUGCCAUCCAGCUGGAUUGCAGCCAUGUGUUCCAUCUCCAGUGCACACGCAGAGUCCUGGAGAAUCGUUGGCUUGGGCCCAGGAUAACCUUUGGGUUCAUGUCGUGUCCUAUCUGUAAGAACAAAAUUAACCACUCAGUGAUCAAAGAUCUCCUGGAUCCCAUUAAAGAGCUGUAUGAUGAUGUGAGGAGAAAAGCUUUAAUGAGACUGGAAUAUGAGGGCCUACACAAGAGUGAAGCCAUUACAACGCCUGGAGCCCGCUUUUACAAUGACCCUGCUGGAUUCGCUAUGAAUAGAUACGCUUAUUAUGUGUGCUACAAGUGCAAAAAGGCCUAUUUUGGGGGAGAGGCACGCUGUGAUGCAGAGGCAGGACAAGGCGAUGACUAUGACCCCAGCGAGCUCAUCUGUGGAGCAUGCUCAGAUGUGUCCAGAGCACAGAUGUGCUCUAAACAUGGAACAGACUUCCUUGAGUACAAAUGCCGUUACUGCUGUUCUGUUGCUGUGUUCUUUUGCUUUGGGACCACACACUUCUGCAACGCUUGCCAUGAUGACUUCCAGAGAAUGACCAGUGUCCCCAAAGAAGAGCUGCCUCAUUGUCCAGCUGGUCCUAAGGGUAAACAGCUGGAGGGAAGUGAGUGUCCCCUGCAUGUUGUGCAUCCUCCCACUGGAGAGGAGUUUGCCCUCGGUUGUGGCGUGUGCAGAAAUGCCCAUACCUUCUGAACUGCUGGACCCUGUCUUACUCCCUCUUUGAGUCCCUGUUUUACUUGUCCUGCUAAAACAGCAGAGUCCUGCUUAAGUCCAGUCUGAGAGUACUUACCCUGGAUGUCUGGCUAAGAGGAGGCACUGAUAAGCCACUGUGCUUCAGGAUUCAGUUUCUCUCUCUAUCUCUCAAUGGACGCUGAAGAAUAUAGGAAAUUAAAAGAAAAAAAAUAUGGAAAAAACUUUGUGACGUGUUUGCAUGCAGCCGUUGUAACCCUCGGCUCCCAUAAACGUUGCACACCACCCGAUCACUGAAGUGUAACAAUAUGUAAACUGACUCUUUUCGUAAUCCUGUACAGUAUUCUCCACUAUUGAGUGCAUCAUUGCUUGGCAGAAAAGAUUCUGGUAAGAUUAUAUAAGUGGACUGUCAAGAAUGUUAUGUUGGGAGGAAAAUAGUGUACGAUUUAUCUAAUCUUGUAUAUAAUGAUAGUAUCCAAAAUAGGUGUAUUCAGAUGUUGCUACUUUACACUUCAGUUUUGUUUGAUAUUCUGGGUUUUGUUUUGAGCCAGAACUUUUAAUGAAGUGCAAUACUGGGUGUGCCUCCUAUCUUGCAGCUGUAAACAUAUGGAAUGUAUGUCAAUAAAAGCCACUGUACAUUUUUAUACAGUGAUACACGCCAUUGUUUUCCCUCUGCAAAUAUAACAAAUAUCAUCUCUGUGCUCAGAAAACUUUGAUGGGCCUACGUCUGACGUGUCCCUUUCAGCUCCACAAUGUUAUAAUGUGGUACAAACCCUUUUUCUGUCUUUUUAAAAACGUUAAAAGGUGAGUAUGUUCUACCAUCGUGUUGUAAGAACAGAACACAGAAAUCUUUGGGCUGGGGUCAGUCUUCACACCAAAAAAAAAAAAAGAAAAAAAUGGAAAUUGUGAAUCAUUUUUUGGAAGUGUGAGAAUGUGUGGAAGUGUGAUGAACAGCUGCUGUAAAAGAAAAAAAUGCUACUUGUAAAUCUGCUCUGUAUUAUCUGUGGUGGAUAGAGUUGGACGGUAAUAAACCAGAUUCUCUGUUCUGCAAGGUACAUUA